CGGGGCGCCGAAACUACUUCCGAAAUGCGUGCUUCACAGUGGUGUGCUUCUCGUGUUUGUGGUUGACGCUCUCUCGUACACGUGCUGUUUGUAAUUUGCGGUCCUCAACUCUACCAGACAGAAAGACGCUUCCAUUCCAUUUGCCUGCGUCGAGUGCAGAAGGCCAGUGUAGCAGGCGCGAUGUCCGUCGUACAACGGCCCUCUCGGCCGUUGUUGGACAAUCCGUUCCGGCCAGUCCCGACGGAAGACCAAGUUUACCCUUCCUGUUACGCAGCGCCGGUGUCGCUCAAAGCACCGUACCUCGACUCGUCUCGCACUACGACCACGAACAAGGCCCACACCGAACAACCCGCCGACAUCCCGGCAGAAAUAGCCAAGAAAAACCGACUCUACGCCGCCGCCCGUGCGUCCGGAUCGCCGGAAGAUUGGGAAGCCUUCAAGCGACAGCGAUGCCACAUCGGAAAGCUCCUCCGCGAAUCGAGAAAAGCGAACAACCGCAAUAACGGCGACGUCAAAGGCAGGCGGGUCGCCUUCAAGACAGAUUUUUACUGCGACGCGUGCGAGAUCGGCUUCGCCGACGGCGCCGAGCUCACCGGCCACAUCUCGGAGCACGUGCCGUGCGAUCGCGACGGGUGUGCGUUCCAGGCUUGCCCACAGCUCGUCUCUCUUCACGUCAAACUCCAGCACGACACCGAGUUGAUUCGGCGAUGCGGCGCGGCCACCGAAGAAGACGCGGCAGAGUGGAGACGACAGCGUCGGCUCCGCUACCCGACACUCCGCAACAUCGAGGCCAAGAAAGCGGUUGAGGCCGAACUCCGGGACAGAAGGGAAAUGCUGGGACACGGGCCGGAGAAACGCUUUCCGGCCCGCCGACCCAAGCGGAAGAGGCAGCAGCGGAGGUCGCAGCGCGAAAGGGCCGCCGAGGCGCGGCCGAACCAGAGCGCGGUUGUAGCGCCACGCGUCGUCGUCGAACCGACGGCGGUUGCGGAAGCGACGCCGCCGCCGCUGCUUAGUCCGUUUCGCGGCGUGGGAGCGGCCGAGACUCGGGUGAAGACGGAGCCGGUCGAAAUGGAAGAGGACAAGUUACGGAUUACCGACUCGGAGUCGGACGCCGAGGUUAGACCUACAGAAGUGGUGACACCGGCGGUCGGUGGCGCCCUAGGCUCUUUGAUGACCUGCUACGAUAGCGAUUCCGAUGAUGGGGAACCAGCGGCAAAGCGACUUGUUACGGAGACUCCAAUAGCCACCGCAACUCCUGUACCCGCUGCUCCACCCUGCAAUCCGGUUCCAGCUUGUCUCCCGGCGACACCUGUGGCAGCCCCUGCAACUACGUUUGGAGGUGCCGCAACCACCGAAAGUACAUCCGUCGCAGUUCCUUCGGAGGCCCGGACAAAUGGACCGGCUAAGAUGCCGACCGCUUCAAACCAUGGCCCAAAGAGGCAGCGUCGAGGCAUGCAGGCGCACCCCAAUCCGGUGCCGCCACGCAGGCCGACGCUGCUGCAGAGGCUGCUCGCACCCGAGAUACGCCACGAGCGCAACAUUGUGUUGCAGUGUGUUCACUAUGUGGUGCAGAACAACUUCUUUGUGGGGCAGGUCCCUGGCAAGCCUCUUCUGAAGCAACCAGAAUCCCUUCAAGAGCCGGUCGGGCAGACUGCACCACUUCCUCCGCAGCAGUCUCCUGAUCAAACUACAAAGCUGCCUCAAGAGCAGACUUUAGAGCUUGCUAUAGAGCAGUCUCCAAAGCCAGCCCUAAAGCAGCUAACUUCAGAAUGUUCAGAAUCGACAUCAAGCCUGGCUUCAGAACAGUCUCCAGAGCCAAUUUCUAUAACUUCCGAGCAGACUCGGCCUCUAGAGCCGACUUAUGAACUAUCUACAGAUGAAGUAACUAAAUUGACUACGGAGCCAACGUCGAAACUGGCUUUAGAACAGUGUGCAGAGACACUCUCAGAGCGCUCAGAGCAGACUCGGCUUCUAGAGCCGACUUAUGAACAAUCUACAGAUGAAGUGACUAAAUUGACUACAGAGCCAACGUCGAAACUGGCUUUAGAACAGUCUGCAGUGACACUUCCAGAGUACUCGGAGCAGACUUGGCUUCUAGAGACGACUUCUGAACAGUCCUCAAAUGAGGCUACGAAAAUGUCUAGUGAAUCAACUUCCAAGUGUCCACAACGAACUUCUGCAGCUUCGGAGCAGACUCAGUUUCUAGAGAUAACUUCUGAACAGUCUACAGAUGAGGCUGCAAAAAUGUCUACAGAGGCAACUUCCAAGGGUUGGGAGCCAACUUCAGACCAGAUUUCAAAAGAGCCUGCAGAGCACACUUUUGCUACUUCUGAGCAGACUGAGCUUCUAGGGCCGACUUUCGAACAGUCCACAGAUGAGGCUGUGAACUUGUCUACAGAGCCAUCUUCAAACUCGGCUACAAAGCAGCUUCCAGAGCUGACUUCAGAGCCAACUUCCAACUUUUCGGAGCAAACUUCAGAUCCAGCUACUAAGCAGCUUCCAGAGUGUUCUCAACAGAUUGCAGAGUCGGCCAGAGGGCCAUCUUCACAGUUAGUUUCAGGUCACAGUACCAAAUAGUUGCACGAGCAGGACUUAAGAACAGUCUCAAGAGCCACGUUCAAUGUGGUCUGCAGACUAGACCAGGAAAUUUCCUCUGAAGUUGGUGUGGGCGUAGACUUGAGAAAUGCCUACUACAAAGGAGUCGCAGGAGCCAACUUUCAGUGCGCACGUCGAACUACCAAGUUGGCUCCAGAGCCAAACGCAAAGCAGGCAGUCUUCAGACGUGAAUGGUGUCUUUUCGAAAGGCAACUCGGCCUGCCCUAAAGCAAGAUUUCUCCUCCGUCCAGUUCACAAACCAGUCCGGAGAUAUUUUUAAGGCAGCUCACAGAGCCAGUCCGAGCACCCAUUGAAUGCGUCUUCUAAAAUGCCCAUGACUCUGCAGUGCACUAAAAGGACAAAAAGCAGACGGCUACGCCCAGAACCGCCCCGAAGCGCCGUCCGGUGCAAUAACUGGUGUAAAUAAAGACGCCCGUCGUAUUGCAAAACCA